AUGUCUUCUAAAAUCCAACGUGUCAGCACUGGUGUCAACUCCCUAGUGCGACGAUUCCAGGUGGAAAUUCCUGGUGAGGAUCCAGCCUCAGCGCAGGACAGACACGAUACGGCGGUGGAUUUGGUCUCGGAACUCUUGCAGAGCUCGGGAACUCCUGCUGUCAUUGCAGAUGUUAACCAAGCCUCCGACCUGAUCAAGAAACGUUUAAUACAAACAAACCCAAGCCCGGAGAAAGCGCUUCGAUUUACGAAUUUGUAUAGCAAAUUACUCUCCAUACCGGUCAUUAACCAAAAAUGGGCCGUGUUAUACUUUCUCUACCAACUCAGUGACCAACAGCAACGGGCGUUACCGGUUCUUACAAGCCCUUUCAAAAGUCCUGUCAAGAAUGCACGACGAUCUCGGAACCUGGAGGAUGACAUGCCAAGACAGCCAGAGUUUGGUUCUAGAAGAGAAGACCAUAGGAGAGAAGAGAGAGCCUUCUCGGAAGCGUUUGCGCCAGAGGGAUUGAAAAGAUUGCCAGAGCGUGAGGGAGGACAGCGGGACCGGAGAGAAGAAACGCAUGCAUUUGCUAAAUCUGCAGCGAUUCAGCGGGAAGGCGUUGCUUUGAAAACGGCUCUGCUUGCUGAAAAUUAUGUGGAAAUCGACCCGCCUGAAACAGCAAUCCUCCGAGACCUGCCAUUUACACUGCAAGGAUUGUCCUCAUCGCAUCUCCCGUUCUCUUCAAAUUCGACAUUAACACUACCUCCGUCCUUACCGGUCCCGAUACUAUCCAUCCUUCGCACUUUGGCCGAACCUUCGCUACUGUACAAAGGAUUGUCAUCUUUCACACAGUCUCCGGGAGGCGGCUUACUCGGCCAGAGCUUGAGAGCUGCCAUUGGAGGAGAGCUCAGAUCUUACCUUGGCCUAGUGGCUACCCUGGAAGGUCAAAUUCGGAGAGCGUUGUCUUCUCUUGACGAGAAGGAACCUAGAGGCGGCAUUGGAAAGGCCGGAGUCACUUUGAAAAGAUGUGUAGUUUGGACCCGGGAAGCGACCAUGGGUCUGAGGCUGAUGAGCUUGAUAAGCGAAGAGUCGAGAAGCAAGAAGGGUGGCCAGCUCAUCACUCUCAUCCAUGGAUUUUCUUCCUCUCAUGGCGACCCGAUGGUCGGGGCUUUUGCCGAACGCCUGUUGACCCAUGUCACCCGACCAUUCUACGAUAUGUUACGACACUGGAUUUACGAUGGAGAGUUGUCUGAUCCUUACUACGAGUUUUUUGUUUCGGAACAGGAUCCGAAUACUAUGAAUGAUACUCCGGAUAGCAGGAUUCGUGGGGGUGCCAGCAGUGUGUGGGAAAAUAAGUACAAGCUUAAUGAAGACAUGGUUCCGAGCAUUAUCACCCAAGAUUUUGCACAGAAAGUGUUUCUCAUUGGCAAAUCGCUCAACUUUAUCCGCUAUGGCUGUGGAGACUCCCAAUGGGUAGAGGAGUAUUCAAAAGCAGCAUCGAAGGAAUUACGAUACGGCGAUACAGCUACUCUCGAAACUUGGAUUGAUGAGGCAUACAAGACUACAAUGGCCCGUUUGAUCCAUUUGAUGGCAGAGAAAUUCCAUCUGUUCGAGCAUCUCAAGGCGCUCAAGAACUACAUCCUGCUGGGCCAAGGUGACUUUAUCGCGCUGCUUAUGGAGUCAUUAUCGUCAAAUCUUGACAGACCUGCUGGAGCCCAAUAUCGCCAUACUUUGACAGCUCAACUGGAGCAUGCUAUCCGAGGCUCCAAUGCUCAAUACGAUUCUCCUGAGGUUCUCCGUAGACUGGAUGCCAGAAUGCUGCAGCUAUCACACGGAGACAUUGGCUGGGACUGUUUUACGCUGGAAUACAAGAUCGAUGCGCCUGUAGACGUUGUUGUAACGGAAUGGGGUAAUAGACAAUACCUCAAAGUUUUUAACUUUUUGUGGCGAAUCAAGCGCGUCGAGUUUGCGCUGUCAUCAACCUGGCGCAAAUGCAUGACGGGCGCCCGAGGUGUCCUUCAAGACGGCGAUCAAAAUGUAGCAAAAGUCUGGAAGUUGACGAGAGGUGUACUUGCGGAAAUGAUACACUUUAUUGGUCAACUUCAAUACUACAUUCUGUUCGAGGUCAUUGAAAGCUCUUGGGAUGAGCUACAGACUGCCAUACAUAAAGAGGGUUGCACCCUAGACGACCUUAUCAAAGCCCACACAAAGUAUUUAAACGCCAUCACCCAAAAGGGCCUCCUCGGUGCAAAAAAGAAGCAUCAUGGAGAGGUCGACGAAAACACAUUCAUGGUCCAGUUAGGCGAAAUCCUUCGCCUUAUGCUCAGCUAUCGAGAUGUCGUAGAUGGGUUCUACAGCUGGGCUGUGUCGGACUUUAUGAGGCGCCAAGGUGCCGAUAUACGGCAAGAAGCGCAAGCCAGACGUGAAGACGAAGAUGGCCUGUUGGCAACUACUCCUGCCACAACUCGGCGAGGGCCACGAAACCAUCUGGAUUCGACGCCAGCUCCGUCACCAGAAGAUCCCAUCGCAGACGAGUUUCCGGCCUUGCAAGAGCGGUUGCAGUCUCUGGGUGCUCACUUCAAGUCCAGAGUGUGUUUGUUGCUAGGCGAUUUGGCAUACCAGUCAGAUGUGGAUAUGAGGUUCCUUGGUGUUGUGAUGAAUUUCAACGACUUCUAUCAGCCUGUAAGGAAGAAGUCGAGGGCUGCUGGGAAGGAGCAGGGUCGGAGUUCAGCGAGGGCCUGA